AUGUUGCCUCGACUUCUCUUGAUCCCGGUUCUCGCCGCAGCGCUUGUGGCGCCAGAAUACGGCUCGUACAAGAACCCCCACCCUAGACCUCUCCACAAGUGUGACAACUCUGACAUCGCCAUGUUGGCUGCUUGCUCCAACCAGGUGCUUGCACAAUUGGACGACUGCAAGGCCAACGACUUGGCCUGUGAGUGCUGUGCUCUUCAGUCCAUGGACCCAAAGUGCCACAAUCUCUGUCCUGGGAACCCCAAUGCCAAUUUCCUAACCGUCUUGGUCAAUGACUGUGCACCGUUGAACGACAUCAACGCUUGCAACCUUCCUUUCAAGAAGAACGACGGAGCAGGAAGACCCAAGACUGUCGUAGAUGACGAACCAGGCAACACCAUCUCGGUCAAGUCGCAGCUCCUGAAACCGGCAAAGCAGCUCUAUCAAGGAGACACGCUUUAUGCGGCGUACCAGGACGACACAGAGUCCAGUUCUGAAGAAGAGGACGAGGAAGAGUACGAGCCUCCAGCCAACUUCCUGAGACCCACCAUCCACAUCAUCCAAAACCAGACCAACCACUAUCGGGUGCCUCACGUAUCACGUCGGUGGUUUCUGCCGUUCUAG